GCGGGUCGCUUUCCCAAGAUGGCGUACGUGCUGAGGGCGGCGGCUGCGGAAGCCCCAGGACUUUUUUCCAGACUCCAAAGUUCAGUUCCAACACUAAGAGCUUUUUUCACGUCACAACCCUUGCAUCAAGUGGCAGAUCCUCUGUGGAACUUGGGUAGACUCAAUCAUGUAGCCAUAGCAGUGCCAGAUUUGGAAAAGGCUGCAACAUUUUAUAGGAAUGUACUGGGGGCCCAGGUAAGUGAGGCGGUCCCUCUUCCUGACCAUGGAGUAUCUGUUAUUUUUGUCAACCUGGGAAACACCAAGAUCGAAUUGCUUCAUCCAUUGGGAAGUGACAGUCCAAUUGCUGGUUUUCUGCAGAAAAACAAGACUGGAGGAAUGCAUCAUAUCUGCAUUGAGGUGGAUAAUAUAAAUGCAGCUGCGAUGGAUUUGAAAAAAAAGAACAUCCGUAGCCUAAGUGAAGAGGCCAAAAUAGGAGCACAUGGAAAACCAGUGAUUUUUCUCCAUCCUAAAGACUGUGGGGGAGUCCUUGUGGAACUGGAACAAGCUUGAUUUAUAUUUGCAAGAAACUAAGUUAAUUGACCUGAAAAAGCCUAUCAAACACUAUCAAAAUGUACUGUAGCCUGAGUCCUUCACUGCUUUCAUCACUUAAAAGUGAUUUGGAGAAAACCUUGAUUACGAAAUACUUAGAGAACAUGGUUAAAAUCAUAUUCAUAGAAAUAAAUUAUCCCUAUUCUAAAA